GGUUCGCGUUGCUUUCAAAUCUGACCGCAGCGUUUCGAAGAGAGGGUUCUUUGCCAAAUACAAUGUGAUGAAAGGUGACUCACUCUAAACAUUCUAUAUCAAAAUCAAUCUGUUAAAUGGGGCACCUUGACGCUAUAAGAACCAAUAAUUAUCUUAACCUCUGAGUUAACAACAACGCCCUAAAUGUCCCCUUAUUUUCUCCUACAUCACAGUAUCGUGUUUUGAAAAGUAAAUUUUUUAUCUCUAAUCACCUAUUGUGCGAGAAGCUUUGCAGAGGUUUUAUUUAUUCUUCUACAUCCAUCCAACCUUGUUCAGUAGAUUAAUACUGUUCAUGAUAAUGAUAGUUAUGUCAUUAGUAGGAACCGAACCUGGGAAUAAGUUCAACCGUCCCCUGGUAUUCCAUUUCAUCAAAGCAAGUCAUAUAAACCCUCUCGAUUGAUAAUAGUAAUAGGACUUAUUGGAGUCGAAUUUGGUCUGUAAUCUUACGAGUGAUUGGCAAAGUCGGACGACCGCGAAGCCGGAAUCCGGUUUCUUAAUCACGACUAUGAUUACAGACAGAAUUGGACGACACGAAGUCUUGUUACCAAUUAAUCAAAACUAUGACAAAAUUUGAGAAAGAAACUAGACGUAGGUUAUACAUUUUCACAAAAAACACAAAGUUAACUCAGUUAAAUGCCUUCUGAUGAGACAAACCGCACGCACAUGACAUGACGUGUUAACUGUCUCUUAGCUGUUCUAUUACACUGUUCAAUUACAAGCAUGACGCGUGUACUAUUCUAUUAGUGCUCAAAUCGGGCUGGUGAUAACCAAUCACGUUCGAGAAUUUUGUUAUAGUUUUGAUUAACGUUUAAAUUUACAUUCAUUUCAGCACGCAGCUGUGGAGGAACUUUACCUGGUUCCUCUGGUAGCUUCAAAUCUCCAAAUUACCCUGCAAACUAUCCAAACGACGUCCACUGCAAAUGGACCAUACAUGUCCCGCGUGGAGCACUGCUUAGACUGAAUUUUCGAACCUUCGAAACUGAACGCUGGUAAGUAAUAAGAAAUAAUGGAUACCGAUUGAGGGCAUGUUUUAAGUCACUCAUCUUAACGUUUGUGUUUGAUUUCAUUUCAGUAAUGAUUACGUAAAGAUAUACCGAGGUCGUCGCUUGAUUCGUCGACUGACGGGUCGAUAUGAUCGCAACGGCAGGUACAGAGGCGGAGAUGAUACAAGAUCUGUGUUUCAGUAUGAUGAUGAUUGUGGCGAUGAUGAUGACGAUGACGACGACGACGACAACGACGACGAUGAUGAUGAUGACGACGACGACGACGAUGAUGAUGAUGACGACGACGACGACGAUGAUGAUGAACGCGACAAGGAUGAUGAUAUUGACGACUAUAAUGAUGCUAUAGAUGACGAUGAUAGUAAUAUCCUACACGAAAAUCCUGAUGAUGCUGUUAGCUUUUCAAAGAGGAAGUAUAGUAGAUAUAACCGUGUCCAACGAGCAAAGAAUCGCUAUAGGUCCAGGAUAAGAAAUCGCAAAGGAUCCCGAAUGAGAGGCCAUCAGCACUUCUUGUAUGUAACUCGGAUUCGGGGAACGGGCGAGAAGAUAUCGAUUAUAUUUAAAGCAGAUCGACGAAAUACCGGAAAGGGCUUUUAUACAACGUAUUAUGUUUCAAAAGGUAGUGAAAAAUAA